AUGAAUGGAUUUGUUUUACUAUCAACUCUCGCGAUGGUAUCGGCGUUCGAGAUAACCAGAGAAUGUGAGAGUAGCACCGGUGUUCAGUGGAAAAAAGACCAGGACGAUUGUUCCGUGUUCUAUCUGUGUUACAAUGGUCGGAAAACUAGAUACUACUGUCCUGAAAACAUGGUGACAGAUCCAAACAGCCAGAGUUGCGUUCCAAGAGGGUCGACACUGGAUAAAUGCUCUGGAAAAGGUAAGCCUGUCCCACAAUGCAACGCUGCUUUGAAGGAGUCCUGUGCAAGAUAUAUUGCUUGCCCCGUUCCGAAAGAGACGGGGACACCAGUUAUACCAGAGGUACAAGAGUGUCCCUACCCACUACUGUAUGACGAGGAGAGUCAGCGGUGUGCCUACCCAGAAACUGUCAAAUGUGGAGACAGGACCGAACCCAAGGAUCCUUGUGAUUAUAAGGCUAACCAGUGUCAGGGUCCUAAUUGUGUGCCGUGUAGUGACCGUCACCCAGGUUGUUCCGGACGACCGGACGGACUAAAUGUAUGGAGCGGGAGAGAGAAGACUCCUUAUUUUGUUGUUUGUCGAGGCGAACGUGUAGUGUACCAGGGUCUGUGUCCCCAGGGCAAUAAAGGACAGAUAUUUGAUCCCGAAAUAAAGGGCUGCGCGGAUAUAUAG